UCUGCAGCUACUGUACAGCUGACGGAUCACAAAGUGAAUGGCAGCUGCCAGGGGCACACCCCAAUGUGCAAUAAAAGCGCUGAUGGAGACACACCCCAGCUUCCCACUUUCUCCACCGCGGCCAAAAUCAGAGUCAUCAUCACCUUCACUCUGUGCGCAGUGUCAGCUGUAUGCAACUUGGUUGUGCUGUGGGCUGCCAGCAACGGUGGCAAGCGCAAGUCACACGUCAGGAUCCUCAUAAUGAACCUGACUGUGGCAGACUUGUUGGUGACCUUUAUUGUGAUGCCCGUGGACGCAGUGUGGAACAUCACGGUGCAGUGGCAGGCGGGAGACGUCGCCUGCAGGUUGCUGAUGUUCCUGAAACUGGUGGCGAUGUACUCCUGCGCUUUUGUCACGGUGGUCAUUAGUUUGGAUAGACAGUCUGCCAUCCUCAAUCCUUUGGGCAUCAGUGAAGCCAAAAGGAAGAGCAAAAUCAUGUUGACUGUGGCCUGGACGAUGAGUGUGAUUCUCUCACUCCCUCAGAUGUUUAUAUUUCACAAUGUGACCAUCACUGUCCCAGAGAACUUCACCCAGUGCACUACCUAUGGCAGUUUUGUCCAGCACUGGCAGGAGAUCCUCUACAACAUGUUCACCUUUGUGUGCCUCUUCCUCCUGCCUUUGGUCAUCAUGAUCUUCUGUUACACACGGAUACUUGUUGAGAUAUCCAGCCGCAUGGCCCGGAGUAACCUGGUAUCUAGAGACGUUCAUCUCCGUCGCUCCCACAACAACAUCCCGAAAGCUCGGAUGAGAACUCUUAAAAUGAGCAUUGUCAUUGUGACAUCAUUCAUCAUCUGCUGGACCCCAUACUACCUGCUAGGCCUGUGGUAUUGGUUGUUCUCUGAAAAAAUGGAGAAGACGGUCUCCCAUUCACUAACUCAUAUGCUGUUUAUCUUUGGCCUCUUCAACGCCUGUCUAGAUCCCAUCACUUAUGGUCUGUUUACUAUUCAUCGUCACCAGGGUCUGAAAGGAUGUUGUCGAAGUUCAGACACACAGAGCGAAUUAGAAAAUAACACUUGCAUGAUACAACUGACUUUCCUAUCGUCUCACAGGCAAAUUGCCUCAGGCAGCCACAAUUCAGACAACGAGGGAGCUAACGACAACAGCACAUAAAGUGGCUCAAGGCCACUUAUGUAUUAAGAAAAAUAUAAUGGCUCAAAGAAUUUACAUAAAAAGCAUCUGUGCUUUUAAUCAGAGCUGAGCCUAGUCUUUAACUAGACAUGACAGUGUGUUCAUUGAAUUUGCUUUGAAAUGCUAAAGCUCCAUAAGAAAUCUUUGCUCUUUUGUUGAACAAAUCUGUUCCACUGAUGAGCUCAAUGUUGUAUCAGCACUAGUUUGUUCAUCCCACACAUUAUCUGUAACACAUAUUUUAGUUGCCACUGAUCAUAUUUUGACAAAAUCUGCAGACUGAUGCCUGACAUUGCUGUUUGGCAGAAUGUACAAAAUCCUGACUGAUGCUGUAAAUCACACAGAAUGUCUCACACACUGCCAGUCAAAGCUUUAAGACCAUUUUUGGUAGAAUCGUCUUGUUGGCAAUGCAGCUGUUUGGCUUGUGCUGUAACUGUUUGGCCACUGUUGUGUUCCAUAUUGGAGGUUUCAUAGACAUGUGUCAUGUGGCUAACUUCUAUGUGAUGCAACUAUUUUGGUUUAUCUUUAUAUUUUUAUUAUAUGUGGAAUGUUGCCAUAAGGUGUUCUGCUAAUCAUUAUUUAUUGACUGAAAUGACUGCUCUGAAAUGUUAUUCAAAGCACUUUGUUUGCAAUAAAAGGUCUGAUUUUGUUUCUUAACAAUAAUGAAUGCUACAGUACAUGAGGCCCUAUCAUUAUUGACCAGGACAGCUUUUUAAAUAGUUAUGGCCUACAGUACUAUGUAUCGAAUGUCCGUGUGCAGCAUGUUUUUGAUUGACUGAUUGUUUUGUGAAAGAUGAAUUUUGUGUUUACUGUGUUGAACAGAAACCACACUGGGGUCAAAGCUCCAUAUAAUAUCCACAAGUUAUUGUGACACUUGAUAUAUUUUAUAUUAGUAUAAGUGUUAUAUUAUUUUGUGAACUGUGUUGCUUGCUGUGAUUGAAGACUUGACAAGAACAGUUAAAAUUUGAUAGUUUAAGUAAAAUUUAGUAAUAUUGUAAAAUAAGCCACAAAUUUACACACACACACACACA